AUGUCCGAGACUAACGACCCAACAUUAGUUAAAAAAAUUCAAGACUACUUUGACAACCCGCCUGAUAGUGAAUUUCACUUGAUGGCUUUUCUUCAAAGGACAAAAGUGUUAUACGCCUCGGGUAAAAAAUGCGUCUUCGAAUUAGUCGUGAAAAAAGAAGAAUGUAAUAGAAUGAAUUCGUUAUUUGGCGGGUCUGUAGCGACUAUAAUAGACAUUCUCAGCACCGCUACAUUAAUUUCAAGUCAAGACACGAGAUAUAGAGAUGGAGGUGUGUCUACUGACCUUGCAAUAUCUUAUGUUUCGACUGUCGGUAUUGGUGAUACAAUUGUAAUCGAAUGCGUCAAUUAUAGAAUUGGAAAGUCGCUGGCCAACACUUAUACUCUCAUAAAAGAGAAAACGACGGGAAGGGUCGUUGCCACGGCACAACAUACAAAAUAUUGUAGUAAGCAUUGA